UAUAAAAAAAAGCAAUAAAAAUCAUGUUUUUCGGAUGUUCCGGGUUUACGGAACCGGUGUCCAUUUUGGGCAAAUUAUCUCCAAGGAAACUUAAAGUCGAGGUAAUCAUCCGUCAAAUGCAACCGGAAUCAACUCGCUAGGUGUUGUUUCGCAGAUACAGGUCCUCAAAGUUGGGCCUCAAAAAGGACUUUUUUCGGUUGUAGCAGGUUCCUGGUGGCCAGGGUUCAAAACCGGUUCUGCCUGUCGGAAUCUUGACAUCUUAACCUAUUAUUUGCGGCCAUGGCACCCGAAAUCGGUUAGGAUUUCGAAUUUUGGCAGCCAAAAACAUUUAUUACUGAAUUAAGGACCAACACGCAUGGUCUGUCAAAAUCAAAAAUAGGGCCUUUUGAAAUAUUACGCUAGAAUCGAUAAACUCACCGUGUAACAUCACGGAACCGGCCUGAUAAGUCACCCUUCCUGGGCUUCGUGGAAGCUGCACCGGAUCAGGGCGAUCGUAAAACCGCACUGGAUCCGUGCUUCUGCCAGGCAUUGGCUCUCUCGUCUCGAUCGCAAAGCCAGCCGCUGCUGUAACACCGCGAUGAUCGCGGUCGAGAUCCGAUUCUGCUGCCGCCUUGAGUUUCUUCCGCUUCCGGAACGCCCUCACGCGCUCCGCACUUGUUUUGGGGGGCUCCCGCUGUUUCGAAGUUUCUUCCUCCUCCUCUCGCUUACGCUUGCGGCGUUCCGCCGUCUGCUUCCGUCGCAUGUAUUGAGACAUGUUUGAUCUUCAAUAACUGACAACAAACUGAUCAAUGGAACUAAGAGCGCAAUCCUUUUUAUUAACUGCGAAAAAGCUAAUUUCGCACAGUAAAAAAAUAGAACUAAAGUUAUUUUAGACGUUACAAAACCACACUAGUUUUAUUUUAAAACGAAGAUUUUUCAAAUGACCUAAUUGAAUACAGAAGGAUAACUAGAUACAAUUUUAUGUCAUAUGGUUUGAAAACCUUUGAUCCAAACAUUGAUUCUUCUAGUAAUAAAAUAUGUUGUACAAAGUUUAACACUUCCUUUCCUUUUUUUUCUGUGCCAUAAAUUUGUGCGUCUGCGUCUGCCACGCGGCGCUCAGUGGCUUUUGUAGGGUUCCAUUUUUGACAUCCAGUUGGUGAGUACCUUGGCUUGAUGUCUGUCAAAAUGAGUGCCUCUGUGUUUGUGGUGGCAAGCUUGUCAAAAAGUGUACCUCACUUUUACUGGUUUGUUUUGCUACACGUUUUUUUUCGGCGCAACAGCAAAUUUUCAAUAAGGAUAACGAUUCAAUAUCAAGGCGGAAAGACGCUGGUACCACCGAAGUCGUCAGAGGACGUUGCCACAGAAUUGUUGACAUCAGGGCAGCGAGUGGAUUUUGAUUUGAUGAAGGACAAAAAGGCAGCAGCGCCGUCGGACCGAGUAGCUCAAGGCUGUCCGAACCUGCGCAAAUACGUGCCACUAGAUCUGCACUUCCAAAAAACCCGCGCCAUGAAAAAGUCACAGCGAGAAGCCACCCGAUUUACUCAAAAAAGAAUCAGAAACUCGCCUAUCGGAAGUAUUCUAAAUCCAGGCAAUCUUUUGUCAAGUUAAACUACUUUUUUGCCCAGCGAUUUUGUUUUGACGACAACUACAGUAUGUUUUUUCGUCGAGCACCUUAUGUUGACGCAUCAGUACUUUGGUGUUUAAUCACAGCUUUAACAACUCUUUUUCAACUCAAAUCGAGUAAUAGGUAGCUCAGUAGGAAGUGCACAAGCAAGUUUGAGGUUUUAAGCAGUAAAAAUAGAAAAUAACAUGAAAAUAGGAACAAAAUCUCAACCUCGCCGAUUUUUGUUGAAGAAAGAAACUUGUAGAAUUUAUUGUACUUUCAUAAUGUGUUAAAUGAAAUAAAGAAAUGGAAUCGGUUUUUUAGGCAA